UAUAAUCCUAAACGCUUUUAACCGCAACUCUUCCUCUCCCCUUUCUCUCCGAUUUGUUCCGUCGGUUGCGUCAUGCCUUCGUCUGAUCCGCCGCGCCACCGAUGCUCCACCGCACUACUCUUCCUCCUCCUGCUAGGCUUCUCCUUUGCGGCGGCAGACGAUGCCUCGUGGACCGAAGACUCAACCCUCGAGUCUCCCGGCUGUACCAAUAAGUUUCAAAUGGUUAAGAUCUUGAACUGGGUUGAUGGUGUUGAAAGCGACGACUUCUUCACCGGUUUAACCGCUCAAUUCGGAGCAGCUUUGCCGUCUGACGCUGGUCAGGGCGUUAGAUCUCCGGUUGCUUUUGUGCGUCCUUUGGACUCGUGUUCCAAUCUCUCUUCCAGGUUAGAUGGGAGUAUUGCCUUGUCGAUCCGUGGGAGCUGUGCUUUCACUGAGAAGGCUAAACAUGCUGAGGCGGCUGGUGCUUCUGCUCUGCUUGUUAUUAAUGACAAAGAAGAUCUUGAUGAGAUGGGGUGUAUGGAAAAGGACACUUCUUUAAAUGUGAGCAUACCUGUGUUAAUGAUCUCUAAGUCAAGUGGAGAUGCUCUCAACAAGUCUAUGGUGGAUAACAAGAGUGUUGAGCUUCUGUUGUACGCACCAACUCGUCCUGCUGUGGACCUCACGGCAGGGUUGUUGUUGCUCAUGGCUGUUGGAACUGUUGUGGUUGCGUCACUGUGGUCAGACCUUACUGAUCCUGACCAAGCUAAUGAAUCUUACAGCAUAUUAGCAAAGGAAUUUACUGGUGCUAGAACCAGGAAAGAUGAUCCAGAGAAGGAGAUCCUUGAUAUAAGUGUGACUGGAGCUGUGUUCUUUAUAGUAACAGCCUCCAUUUUUCUGCUGCUCCUUUUCUACUUCAUGUCAUCAUGGUUUGUGUGGGUGCUCACCAUAUUCUUCUGCAUCGGUGGCAUGCAGGGUAUGCAUAGCAUCAUUACGGCAGUUUUAUUGAGAAAGUGGAGACAUCUUGGUCGGAGGUCUGUGAAGCUCCCUUUGCUUGGGACAAUGUCAUGGAUGUCGCUUUUGGUGAAUAUCUUUUGUCUGGCGUUUGCUGUCUUCUGGUUUGUGAAACGGCACACUUCGUAUGCUUGGGCUGGGCAAGACAUCUUGGGCAUCUGUUUGAUGAUCACAGCCUUGCAAGUGGUUCGAUUACCUAACAUCAAGGUUGCUACUGUGCUUCUCUGCUGCGCGUUUGUCUAUGACAUCUUCUGGGUCUUCAUAUCACCUUUGAUAUUCCACGAGAGUGUUAUGAUUGUGGUUGCACAAGGAGACAGCAGCAGCGGGGAGUCCAUUCCUAUGUUACUAAGGAUUCCUCGGUUUUUCGAUCCGUGGGGUGGCUAUGACAUGAUUGGUUUCGGGGACAUCCUCUUCCCCGGUCUGCUCAUUUCCUUUGCUUCCAGAUAUGACAAGAUCAAGAAGAGAGUAAUCUCAAGUGGAUACUUCCUUUGGUUGACUAUUGGCUAUGGAGUUGGUCUGUUACUAACAUAUCUAGGUCUGUAUCUAAUGGACGGACAUGGCCAGCCUGCGCUACUAUACAUCGUCCCAUGCACACUCGGUUUGGCUGUCAUUCUAGGGUUGGUAAGAGGAGAGCUUAAAGAGCUAUGGAACUACGGUAUCGAAGAAUCAGAGUCUAACACGCCGGAGGAUCCUCUGCCUGUGGCUUAAGAAACAUGAUUCAACAAAGCUAAUGGUGUGUUAUCAAUCAAGCCAGAUCAGCUUAAAAAAGAGAGGUUACGUAGUAAGACUCAUGACAUGUUGUACAGAGUCCAUAUGAUAUACUCUUCUCCUUGAAUUCAGACUCACACAGUAACCAUCAUUUCGUAAUAUUUCAAGCUAUUCAAAUUCCCUUUUUGUUUAUUC